AUGUAAUCUUUUCAAGUAGAAAUUUUAAAGGAUAAUACCAAAAUCUUAAAACGUUUCAAGAGAAACAAAGAAAUAAUAAAUGGCCAAUUAAACUUCAAAAUAGAUCUAAUUCUAGGUAUUUAUGAUUUAUAUUUAAAAUUCAAUAUAAAAGUAAUUGAAAUUCAUUAAUUGUGUUAAAAGAUAAUGAAUAAUUCUAAAAACUAACAAGAAACCUUAUUUGAUAUUGUUUCCAACGUUUUGUAGGUGAAUAAAGAUAUACACUCGUAUAAUAGAAAUAUUUAGAAAAUAAAACAUAUCUGAUACUAUUGAAUAUCUUUCGAUCGAAGUAAAUCAAAUACAUCUUCUAUCAAGCAUCAUAAAACUCAAGAAUACAUCAAUUGCAGAUGAAGGAUACAAGUUCGAAGUUUUCGGAAAGGACAUUAAGAUUAUUCUUAAUACGCUCUAAAAUAUUAAAGAUAAUGACAUAAAUUUAAAGGAUUUCUCCUCCGAACAAUAUUUAGAAUUAAAAAAAGACAUAAUGAGUAAUAUAGAAAAAAAUAAAAAGUUCAUAUCAUUCUUAAAUUUUUAGUUCGUCUAACUUCCGUUGAUAAGUAGUUCAUAGUAUACGGAUCAAAUUCACUUCACUUAUUGACUUAUUAGUGGAAUUGAAGGCAGAUUUGAGUAAUUAGAGUUGGGAAUACAUAAGAAUAAGGAAUACUUCUUUAAUAGGGGGAACUUUUGUAAGAUGCAACUUAAGUGGAUCAUAAUUAGACAAUGUAGAUAUUAAUGGUAAUAAUUUUAAUGGAGCUUAACUAUUAAAUUGCUUAUGGAAUAAUAUAAAGAUUAUUGAGUUGAAUAAAUUGGAUGGUCAUCGUGAUUAUGUAUUAUCAGUUUGUAUCUCUCCUGAUGGCAAGAUCUCAGCAUCUGAUGGUGGUGAUUGGGAUAAGAAUAAGAAGGCAGAUAAUUCAAUACGUUUAUAGGAUUUUAAGACAGGAUAAUUAAAGGCAAAAUUAGAUGGUCAUACUAAUACUGUCUGUUCAGUUUGUUUCUUUCCUGAAGGAUAUAUUUUAGCAUCAGGUAAUGAUGAUAAGUCUAUCCGUUUAUGGAAUGUAUAUACAGGGUAAUAAAAAACUAGAUUAGAUGGCCAUAAAAGUACAGUCUACUCAGUCUGUUUCUCUCCUGAUGGAAAUACUUUAGCUUCUGGUAGUAGUAAUAAGUCUAUACAUUUAUGGGAUAUUAAGACAGGAUAAUAAAAAAGUAAAUUAAAUGGUCAUACUAUUGAUGUAAACUUAGUCUGUUUCUCUCCUAAUGGAAAUACUUUAGCUUCUGGUAGUAAGGAUAGCUCUAUACGUUUAUGGGAUACUAAGAAAGAAUAAUAAAUAAGUAAAUUAGAUGGUCAUACUGAUUAGGUAAGAUCAGUCUGUUUCUCACCUGAUGGAAAUUAUUUAGCAUCUGGCAGCUUCGAUAACUCUCUCCGUUUAUGGGAUUUUAAGAAAGAAUAAUCAAUAGAACGAACAGAUAAACGUUAAAAAGAUACAUUAGCUUAAUUUAUAACUCCUUAAUUUGCUAAAAUGCCUUUGUAGAAGGGGGUAUUUAUUUAUAAUUUAUUGAGCCAACCCUUAUACAAUCCUGCGAAUAUCAUUCACACCACUGUUUUUGA